AUGAAUGCAGGAAAACAAGACAUAGAUGAAUGUGCAUCAAAACCGUGUCAACAUGAAAGUACAUGUGUUGAUCAUACCAAUGACUACUCGUGUGUUUGCACAGCUGGGUACAGUGGUAUACAAUGUCAAACAGACACAAAUGAGUGUGCAUCAGACCCUUGUCAACAUGGCGGAGAUUGUAUAAAUCUAAUUGAUGCUUACCUUUGUCAUUGUCCAUUGGGCUACAUAGGAGUUAACUGUCAAAAAGACAUAGAUGAAUGUAUCAGCCAACCUUGUCAAAAUGGUGCUACGUGUAUAAAUCUUGUAAGUGGCUUUACGUGUAGUUGUGUAGAUGGAUACACUGGUACAAAUUGUGAAACAGACUUAGAGGCAGAAGAAUCACGUGAGACUAGCAAUAAAUUUGUAAAUAGCAAAUCCGAAACUGACGAUAUUGGAGGAUGUGAUUGUUUUAUUGAUCAUACGGGUUAUGACCAUUUUCAGAGAUUUGACAAAAGAUUGAAAUACAAAUACAGAUUUCACAACUGUCGCAAUAAGAAAGGAUUUAAAAAGGAAAACCCUACGAUCAGUAAAACAAGAACACGUUGA